AGCUACUGCCCACAGAGUCUACUCUGAUGUAGUUCCUGGCUCCAGGGCUGCCACGUGCUCCACAGAGGAAAUGGGACUUCUGGGAGGAAGGGUUGUGCCCUGGGGAGAGGAGGGAUUCGGGAGUGUCAGGGAGGCCAUAACUAAAGAAUGCUAGUGGAUAGCCCCAGGCUCCCCUCUACUCAGCUCCCAGGAAGUGACAAGCUUCCUGCCACACCCAGAACUGUAGCUAAAGGAGGCUUUAGCAAUCUUGGGACCUUGAAGGAUGUGGAGAGUCGUUAACCCUGCUGUCGUUGAUUAUCAAAGUUCUCCGUUCAGCCUUGAAUUCAAGCUACCUUGACCUCCGUAGCUGAAUUAAUAAUGCUCUAUGUACACAUCCCCCAUUUCAGAUAGAAGCGUCACUGCCCCUGGCAUGGUGGUGAGGGUGGGAGUCGGGAUGCCCAGUUCACACCCGUGACUGUGCCUGAGGCAGAGCAGCAUGAGAGGGAGGAGGUCGAAGACAACUGUGGCGCAGAGAUAGGUUUGGAGGGCUACAGGGCAGGUCCUGGUGAAACUGGAUGCCUGAAAGGGAUUUGGUGAGUCUACGGGGGCUUUGAACACAAAGGGAAACGCAGUACCCUGUGCUGGAGUCUGGAGCCAGGUUCUCCAGUUUCUGGGUGCUGCUUAUGCCCCCUAGAGGCAGUCCAGGGUGCUGGGGCACAUGCCCGUCAUGUGGCCACCCUGAGGAGGAGGGGCGAGUUAAAAGAUUCAGAGAAAGGCUCCAUUCUUCCCCCGACCUCAGCCCACCCUGGCUUGGGGGAGGCAGGGGACCAAGAAACUGGGAGGUGCUAAGUUUAGCAAUGUCUCUAUCCGAGUCACUUCCCAGGAAGAGGCAGCAAGGGCAGCAGAAGGCUGGGCUCCUUUACACAGGUAGCGAGACUUCAUGAGCAGAGCUCAGGGUCUCAGCCAGGAAGCGUCUAGACUCUGCCUGUGCCAUGCGAAGGCUGACCUGUCCGGCCGGAAAGAGGGCAAGUGUGAAGGAAAGUUGGAGAGCUCCCAGAUGGAAAGAGACAGGGUGUGAGGAGCGUCAGAGACCCCUGAUGACACCAUGAGCCCAACAGGACACUGGGAGGCUGAUACCACCUGGAGCUGAAGGCUCCCCUGACUGCUUCCUACUUCCUGGACAAGACUAUGCCCACUCAGGGACCCCAGAAGAGGCUUCUGGGUUCUCUCAACUCCACCUCCACAGCCACCCCUCACCUUGGACUGGCCACCAACCAGACAGGGCCUUGGUGCCUCCAGGUGUCUAUCCCAGAUGGCCUCUUUCUCAGCCUGGGGCUGGUGAGUCUGGUGGAGAACGUGCUGGUCGUGAUAGCCAUCACCAAAAACCGCAACCUGCACUCACCCAUGUAUUGCUUCAUUUGCUGUCUGGCCCUGUCUGACCUGAUGGUGGGUAUAAGCAUCGUGCUGGAGACUGCUAUCAUUCUGCUCCUGGAGGCGGGGGCCCUGGUGACCCGGGCUGCCUUGGUACAGCAGCUGGACAAUGUCAUGGAUGUGCUCAUCUGUGGCUCCAUGGUGUCCAGCCUGUGCUUCCUUGGUGUCAUCGCCAUAGACCGCUACAUCUCCAUCUUCUAUGCCCUGCGUUACCACAGCAUUGUGACACUGCCCCGGGCACGACGGGCCAUCGUGGGCAUCUGGGUGGCCAGCGUUUCCUUCAGCACUCUCUUUAUCACCUACUACAAUCACACAGCCAUCCUCAUCUGCCUUGUCACUUUCUUCCUCGCAAUGCUGGCACUCAUGGCCAUUCUGUAUGUCCACAUGCUCACUCGAGCAUGCCAGCAUGCACAGGGGAUCGCCCGGCUCCACAAGAGGCAGCGCUCCGCCCGCCAAGGCUUCUGCCUUAAGGGUGCUGCCACCCUCACUAUCCUUCUGGGAAUUUUCUUCCUAUGCUGGGGCCCCUUCUUCCUGCAUCUCUUACUCAUCGUCCUCUGCCCUCAGCACCCCACCUGCAGCUGCGUCUUUAAGAACUUCAACCUCUUCCUCGUCCUCAUCAUCUUCAGCUCCAUCGUUGACCCCCUCAUCUAUGCUUUUCGCAGUCAGGAGCUCCGCAUGACACUCAGGGAGGUGCUGCUGUGCUCAUGGUGAGCGGGGAGGUGGCUUUUGUUCUCGUGGCCAGGGCGCUGGGCAGAGGGUGACAGCGAUAUCCCGUGGCCUGCAUCCUGCAAGACCACAGGUACUGGUCUCUAUUUGUCCAAGGGCGCAUUAGAUGAACUUUAAAAUAGAAACACUAACUGCCUGGGACCAGGAGGAAGGGUAAAUGUGACUGCAGGGAUCAUCCAGGGUAGCUGUGGGUAAUGAAAGAAACGGGAUGGGAAUUCUAGCUCCAGGCAAGGGUCAGGUCACGGGCUCCUGAAGAGACUGUCCCUACCUCUGGGGAGCUUCACCUCUACUCAGUGACUAGCCCCACCCCACCCCCAACUCCUCAGGUCACUCAGGCGGGCCCUCCACUGCCGGGAUGAACAGGAAGUUUCUGAAUUAAAAGAAUGACAAGAGCCGUGAAAGAGCCCUGCUCCUGGUGAGGGCUUCUGAAAGGGGAAUUUGUGACCAGGAAAUCCAGCCAUAGCCAUGCAGUAGGCUGUUUAAGCAAGCGAAGCCCUUCCUCAAUAAAGGGACCAGCAUUGCACAACAUGCAUCUAGCACUAGAGGAAUGGGACUGACCUAAAGACUAGUCAUAUGGUUCAUGGCAAUCCCGAGAGGUGGGACCUCUAGCCUCGGUAGAGGCCAUUGGCCUAUUAGUGGCACAACCUGUGGCUCUGAGCCAGAAAGCCAUUGAAAUGCGAAGUUCAGAUGGAGCCUCAUCACUAAUUUCCCUAGCUCUGUCUGGAAGUUGCUUCAAGUUUGAGUGGGAAAAAGGUAAGGACAGCAGUCAGGAAGAAGGGAGUCUCAGAAGCCACAGCUGCCUGCCUGAAUUAGGAAUUCACGGUCCGGAAGCACACCAAACACCCUAAUCAGGCCAACUUGGCUUCCUCUGUAUUACAAAUGCCAGAACAGAGUAAGGAGCUGCAGAUUGAGAAGCCUCAACUUUACCUCUCUGGUGACAAGACUGUUCAGGCUCCUUCCAGUUCAGCCAUACACUGCCGCAGGACCAGAGUCCCAGGCCCUGGUAGGGCCCACCUGUAACCUCGGCCAGAGCCUGCCCCUUUCCUGGCCUCAUUCCUCCAACACCUUCAGCCAUGGCACCACUGAGCUACCCUGAGGAGCCUGCAGCAUAGCAGAGGUCAAGGGUUGGGGUCUGUUUCUAUUCAACAUUGCCCUCCUGGGAGAGGCUGGCAGUGCCAGUGCUCUUAGACUGGCUCUCAGGAUAGAGGAUGGUGUCUAGGAGCUCGAGGGUAUCUGAGUCCCAGGGAGUGGCACAUGGGGUGAGCCACAGUUCUUGCUGGGAACAGCGGACUCCCCAAGCCCUUCUACUGCUACAACCUGGAAUUCCUACUGCAGAGUCUAUAUUGGGUCCCCCACCGAUGCUAAGCACUCAACUGUCCUCCUCCCUGGGGUGACCUCAGUCUGGCCUAAUAUGCCCUCAACCACCUCUGAGACAGGGCGUGGUGGCAUCAAGCCAGACUGUAGCCGCACUAUGAGCUCCAGCCUUGCUGGACUGAGGUUGGAAGCUGGUUCCCGGCAAGGCCAGCCUUUGCUGGAAGACAGGACCAUGAGUCAGCCUUUAUCCUGGCACCAUAGCUCUCUGGGGACACGGGGAGCUGGCCUGGCCUGAUGUCAUCUGACAGGGAGGCAGCCCAGGCCUCCGAAUGCUUCCAGGCAUCUUCCCUGUCCAGUCAAGGAGACAGGGCCAGAUGCUCACCCAGGACUUCUUGAACCAGGCCAGCUGGAAACCAGCUACAAAAAGCCACAUCAUGUGUGGCUUUUUUGUGGGGGAGGAGCAUCUCUUGAGAACAAAAGACCCAUUUCUAAACUCAGCGAACUCAGAAGCUUAUCCUCAGAGAGGAGCUGUACACAGCCACUGUAUCCAGCACACGCCCGUGCAAACUGGACAAAGGCACUGGCAGAUUGCUUUUAGCUGAUCUUGUGAAAUGAAUGUUUUUGGACCAUCCAUGUGUGGUAGUACUGUCUCAAACUCUUCCAGAACUUUUGCCAUUGAAAGAUCAAAAAGUCCC